UAAAAUGACUUCCUUUACAAAGGCUGAGGAGGAGCUCCAGGACAAUCACCAAACGAAGGCAUACGAGAAUUUACAACACAAUCAGCAGAGGAGAAGGCAGCUCCAGAAUGAUCUUCAAUCACAGCAGCGAAAUCAUCGCCUGAGCAGGGCAGCCUGGCUGCAGGGCCGCUGGUUGGAGAUCAGUGAGCAGGAGCGCAGGGCUCAGAUCAAGAACCAAAAGCUGUUGCAGGACUUUCAGAGAGCACAAGACACGCUCAAUGACAUGGUGGCCCGCACUGAAGCCAUGAACACUAUACGGGUUCAGUAUGAACAGUAUCUGCAAGAGAGCUUCCCACGAUGGCAGCAAAGGCUCAAAGACAUAAGAGUUUCUGAAAAGUCAAAGGUACAACAGCACUUAAAGAGCUAUAUUCAGAAGAUGGAAGAGGAAGAAGGCAUCAAGUCUGAACACAGGUCUGACUUUAGAGCCCACCUUCUAUCCUCCAAUUUUCCAGACGCAUCUCAGCCUUCACACACCAUGCUAAACACUCAUCAGAAAGUAAAAGACAUCAAGCUAAAUUCUGAAAGAUGCGACCAUGAUCCUUACAUUCCACCUACUUGGUUAACUGGCUCACAGCUUUCUAUUUCCGGACUCCCCCAAAACAAUGUCGCAAAGGAUUACAAAAACCUUCAGAACACUCAAGCCUUAAAUCAUGCCUUGCCACCUUACUAUUCUUUAACUGGCGAUAUAGUCCAUCAGUUACAUUCUCCAGUCCAGCAAAAGCCACCAUCAAUGGACCAUCUGUGGGCUGGGAUAAGACAAGGGUCUAUGCCUACAGCUCACUUCACUCCUCCUGCUGCUUCCUGGCCACGACUUCCUGUGCUGAACCCCAUGACGUGGGGUAUGAUGGAUGCACCAGUCCCCAGUGAAGAAACAAUCCAAUGCAGUGAGCCAGACAAGGAAAAGGUGACACAAGCUAAACCAAAACACAAGAGGAAAGGGAAAGGGAGUGAUCGGUCUUCUGAGCUCGACUGUAGACCAGUGCGUCUGUCAAUCAACCAUGAAGAAAGUAGUGAUAGCAGCGCUGUGUCCUCUAAAGUCACAGUUUCUGGGAUGCAAAAACGGAGAAAGAAAAAAAUUGAUGGGACAAAUUCAUACUCUACAGAAAAUAAGGAUGAAUCUCAUGGGUAUGCCACAUGA